ACUACACUGAGGCGAAGAUGUUGUGACAAAAAACAAACACAGGACCUCAAAAUGUGUAUCAUAAAGAACUUUCAAGACGUAGCCAAUAAUAGGACUUUUUUAUUCAUAAUAGUUUUGUUGUCACUCAAACUGUGUAGUCCUCAGGAUCUGAGUGAGGAAUUCACGAACGAAGAGAGUAUAGACUCAACUGAUGUAGUGAAAAAAGUGAAGUUUACUAGAAACGUGGACUCUGGCCCGUGUAGACUGAGCGAGUUACUGUGCGACACUGGACAGUGUAUUUCACUGGAUAAGUACUGUAAUGGUGAGGACGACUGCGGUGAUAAGAGCGACGAGCCGAAGUCUUGUACACCCUGCAACAGGACGUAUAUGGGCGACGUCGGGCGCACCUACGAGCUCGAAGUGAGGCGUCCAAGAGAAGACCAUCUUCCCUUCGUAUGUCAUCUGAACUUCACUGCCAUGGGAGGCAAUUACGGGGACAUUAUACAGGCCCCCUCCCACAGGAUUCUAGCCUCGGACGACAUCAACCGACGGCUCCAAGACGUCCAAUUGCCCUCGGGUGAGUGGGUGACCUAA